AUGUCUACGACUCCCACAGUCCCUGGCGACUUCGGCACAAUCAUUCCAGUGCCAUACACUCACAACGUUCCCGACCACCUUCGUCGGGCUACUACUCGCUUGCAGUUCCCGCCAACCUAUGUCGUAGUAGGAGUAUAUAGACUCAUAACUGAUAAAAGUCUAUCCAUUCCGGCAUGGAAGAAAUGCGAGCAUGGCGUCAUUAGGGGUUUGGGCGUUGGCCUUGCAUGGACAUUUACAACUUUCAAGAUACAGAGAUAUUUUGUGGAGAUAUUCCUCAUAAACUCCCCUCGAGUAAUCGGACUCUCCAAAGAGACUGUCUUCGGAUUUCAUAUGCCGUUUGACUUGCCUACAUACGCCGCCCUCUUCUUCAUAACGAGCCAAGUCUCAGCAAUUGUAACAUUCUUCGUAUCACAUGGUUUGCGCAUAGCUCGCGAACGUGCCUACGCCCAGACCAUUCAGUCACGCGGGAAGGGUAAUGAUUUCUGGCGUCCAUAUGUGGAGGAGUGGGAUAUCCCUCCGAAGGUUAGCGGCGAAUGGGGGCUGGGUCAUCUUGCUAGCGGAUUUAUUGGGAGGGCUGUUUUCAAGUUUCUGCUCAUGCCUGUUGAAACGGUACCGUUGGUCGGUUUGAUGAUCUCAGCCUACCUCCGUGCCUUGGGCACGGCAAGAUAUCUCCACAAGCCGUACUUUCAGGCAAAGGGGAUGUCUAAAGAGCAGACAUCUAUUUUUAUGGAGGAGCCAUUUGGUUUUUUUGCGGCGCUGCUUGAACGCAUCCCACUACUUGGCCUCGUCUUUUCUGUUUCGAACCGGAUUGGCGCUGCUAUGUGGGCAGUUGACUUGGAGAAGCGCCAGCACUAUGUUGCAUCCCUCAAGUCUGAAUCGGAAGGUUCCGUAUUCCGCGAAUCUACCGUCGAGACUCAUUGGUUCGUGAUGCAUCCUGCCAUCGGUAUUGUCGCUUCAGCCGAGAGCUAUGGCUAUGAUUUUACGUUCGUACACUUAAAUGAUGACCCUAUAUAA